GUCAGCCCUCGUUUGGCUUCUGCCCUCAGUCAAAAUGGCGCUAGCUCGGAAGCCGCCGAGGCUUUAAGGAGUCGCCAAAAGCAGGUCCGGAAGCUACCGAACGAGUCCGGAAGUUGCCGAAAGACAGCCGUGGGGAAGGAGGAUGGCGGAUAUCAUCGCAAGACUCCGGGAGGACGGAAUCCAAAAGCGCGUGAUCCAGGAGGGCCGGGGAGAAUUACCCGACUAUCAGGAUGGAACCAAGGCCACGUUCCACUACCGGACCCUGCACAGCGACCGCGAGGGCACGGUGCUGGACGACAGCCGGGCCCGCGGCAAGCCCAUGGAGCUCAUCAUCGGCAAGAAGUUCAAGCUGCCCGUGUGGGAGACGAUCGUGCGCAGCAUGCGGGAAGGCGAGACCGCCCAGUUCCUGUGCGACACCAAGCACGUGGUCCUGUACCCGCUGGUGGCCAAGAGCCUCCGCAACAUCGCCGCGGGAAGGGACCCCCUGGAGGGCCAGCGGCACUGCUGCGGCAUGGCGCAGAUGCACGAGCACAGCUCCCUGGGCCACGCCGACCUGGACGCCCUGCAGCACAGCCCACAGCCCCUCAUCUUCCACUUCGAGAUGCUAAAGGUGGAGAGCCCCGGCACGUACCAGCAGGACCCGUGGGCCAUGACGGAUGAGGAGAAGGUGAAGGCCGUGCCGCGCAUCCACCAGGAGGGCAACCGGCUGUACCGCGAGGGGCAGGUGAAGGAGGCGGCCGCCAAGUACUACGACGCCAUUGCCUGCCUCAAGAACCUGCAGAUGAAGGAGCAGCCUGGCUCCCCCGACUGGAUCGAGCUGGACCAGCAGAUCACGCCGCUGCUGCUGAACUACUGCCAGUGCAAGCUGGUGGCCGAGGAGUACUACGAGGUGCUGGACCACUGCUCCUCCAUCCUCAACAAGUACGACGACAACGUCAAGGCCUACUUCAAGCGGGGCAAGGCCCACGCGGCCGUGUGGAACGCGCAGGAGGCCCAGGCUGACUUCGCCAAGGUGCUGGAGCUGGACCCGGCCCUGGCGCCCGUGGUGAGCCGGGAGCUGCGGGCCCUGGAGGCGCGGAUCCGGCAGAAGGACGAGGAGGACAAGGCCCGCUUCCGGGGCAUCUUCUCUCACUGACCGCUGCCCGCCGGCCGCCCUGCACGCCCCGCCCCACCCACCGCCCACCCCUGCCCCGCCCGAUUCUCUGUAUAU